AUGGCUCAACCACAACAGCAAAACUCGUCGCAGAACAAGGAUGCCUCAGCUGCCCGUAAGAGACGGAGGCGCGCACCGGCCGGUGGUGCCGCGGACGACUGCUUCUCGUGUGCUAAGAAGAAUCUCAAGUGUGACCGGAGCCGGCCCUACUGUUCUCAAUGCCUUGAGACUGGCCAAGAGUGCUCCGGAUACAAGACCCAGCUCACAUGGGGCGUGGGCGUCGCCAGCCGUGGAAAGCUACGCGGGCUAUCACUCCCCGUUGCCAAAUCCGCGCCAGUCACCGGCGGAACCCAGAAGAAGUCGCCCCCAGGUCAAGGUCAAGCUCGAGCUCCGCGGGGCCGCACUGGCAUGGCCAUGAGCGUUCCCCGGCUCGUAGCAACAGCGCCCAGCGCUCUCUACCACUGCGACUACUUGACGGUUUCCUCUCCCGACAACCUCAGCUCAUCGCCAGCAAUCCAGGGCCACUGGGAUCAGAUGCAGUUCCCUGGGACUCUAUCUAUCCCGGAAGACCACGACUACCAGAAAAUGAACGCCCACCUCGGCUCCCUUGCCAUGACUCCGGACCAGCGCCUUUCGCCCUCCCUUGACUCCACCAGCGACGGCUACCUUUCGCCCAUGGCCCACUCCUUCUCGCGAGUGGACGAAGUCCCCUAUGUUCAUAGCCCCAACGUAAUGUACGAUGGCUGCACCAACCAGAGCUCGCCGGUGGCCCGCAGCCCGCUCCCGAUUGUCAUGAUGGAUCAGUCUCUGCCCACGUCCUGCCCCAGCCUGGUGUACGAUACCUCGGAUCAUUCCUCGAGCUUCCCACCGCACACGGACUCGUUCGAGGCUCAGCUGAGCCGAAGACUGAUGCGGGAGUGUGACAAUCUGAGUAAGGCGAAUAUGAUCUCCGAUCUGGGGCCCUGCCACUUCCAAAGUCUGAGCAGCAACGACCCUAACACGAUGGCGUUUCAGGCGUACCAGAACUCGACGCACUCAGUUCAAGCUGCGGCUCGACAACAGGCCCAGUUUGGUCAUCACGCGCACCACGGCCACAGCCGCCACGUCCUCCACCCGCAACAGCACUCCCAGAUCGGCCGGACGGUGCCGCGCCACGAGCCGCUGGUGGUUGGGCAUCAUCCCGAUCACGUCAUGAGGCUCGCUGUAUCGAGCCCGGGGCUCCAGCACGCCAUCUGCGCCCUGUCUGCAUGUAACCUCCGGAUGAAGAGGCGCCUCAGCCUCGGCCUAGGCUCGACGCGGGAGCUGUACGAAAAGGUCGCGGCCGACAAGGCAACCUCCGCCGACCAGGCGUUGGCGGAGGAGCAACAGCACCGAAACAUGGCUGUCAACAUACUUAAUCAACAACUUAAUGAUCCGGCGAGGGCGACCCACGACUCCGCCCUCGCAACGAUACUACUCUUAUGCCAUUACCGAAUGGCCGAAUCGGGGAUUGCCAAGUUCCAUAUGCACUUCGCGGGCGUCAAGAACAUACUCGCCUUGAGGCAGUCGCAUCGCAUCGUGCCUUCGAGCGAAGCGGCGUGGAUGGAGGCCAUUUUUACUUAUUUUGAUGCUACGUCUGCUAAUAAUGACGGGCAGGCGCGCACGCAACACGCUGCCACUUUUGGGGGCGCGGCGUCACUUGGGCAGCUUGGCUAUAGAUUGGUUAGCUCGGGAAGCGCUAGCAACGAUCGAGCUGCCUUUUGGGAGGAGUGGAAUGAGGUCAGGCAGGCUCUGCAGUCGUGGGAGUUUGACGCUUCGCAGCUUCAGGCCACGCUGCCCUGCGAUGCCACGGCCGCGCAGCUGCGGGACCUGGGGUGCCUUUCAGAAGCCUUUCGCUACGCGGCGCUCUUGUACACGGAGAGGCUGGCGAACCCGAGCCCACCCAGCUCGAGUGCCAAUUUCCAAAACCUGGUCAGCCAAGUCGUGUACUACGCGACGAGCCUCGAGGCGAGCAGCGCGGCGGAGAAGUUUUUACUUUGGCCUCUGUUCGUGGCGGGCUCGGAAUGCGUCAACGACCUGCAGAGAAACAUUGUGCGGGCUAAAUGCCGCGACAUUAUGGCCCGGUCGGGCUAUAUGAACAACCUCGCAGCGCUGGAGAUUUUGGAAACUCUCUGGGCGGAGGAUGCCACACGCGCCGGGCGUGCGCGCUCCGAUGGGACUGGACCGUUCAAUUGGACGAGGUACAUUGCGCAGUGGGCUGGGGAAGUGGAAUGGAUCAUGUUCUAG